GAGGAGCCACGAGCAAAAUAUGCUAAAGAAGUGUGACUUAUUUGCAUAACAGCCGAAAUGGAAGAAAUGCGGAUUGGCCGGCGAAAGCGCAGUUCGCACAGCCAGCUCCUCCUCCUGCUUCGCUUUCGGAGGUGUGGCCAAAAGUGAGUGGGUGGAGAGUUCGAAGCUCAUUUGCAUAACGGCCCAGCGCGUGCUGUAGGCUGUAUAUUUUUUUUUGAAUCGGCGGCGGCAGUGGAGGCAGACGGAAGCGCUUGUGGGCAACGCUCUGAAACAGUGGCGACCGAGAAGUCGUAAACGCAGGUUCAAGAUGGAAAGCAAUGAAGAACCUCAAAAAAAAGUAUUUAAAGCCCGCAAAACAAUGAGAGCGAGUGACCGACAACAACUUGAGAGUGUGUAUAAGGUCAAGGAGGAGCUUUUGAAGACCACUGAUGUCAAACUGUUAAAUGGGAAACAUGAAAAUGGGGAUUCAGAUCUCAAUUCCACUUUACUCACUACUGAUUGUCCUGAAGAUAAAGAAGUAAAUGGGAUAGAGGAUUUAGGCGUUGACUCUGAAGAAGGAAGCAUGGAGUCUGAAGAAAUCACUUGUGCCCAGAAUUCUGACAUCAAAGAUAAUGAAGCUAGUGAUCUGACCCCCACACUUGAAACUCCUUCUCCUAAGAACAUUGUUUCUGGGCAUGAUCACGAGGAUGUUAACAUUGCUUCAGGCUCUGAAAUCCAGUUGCUUGAUUGUAAGAAAGACAAUGAGACUCAGGAGGAAGUUAAUACGCAGGAUGAUUUAGACCCUAAAGAUAUUUGUGUGAAAAAUAAUUUGGAUCAGAAAUCCACACCAAACCAGCCUGAAGAGGAAAGUAAAAAAAUCUGUAAUCCUGAUGACUGCAUAGCAAAGUCAUUAGAAAGUAAAGAGUUAGCUCUUGCACCUCAUUUGCCUAUGGAAGAGGAACAGAGUGCAGAGGAAGCUGUUGUAAAAGAGAACAUUGGUGAGGAAACAAUAUCUAGCAGCUUAGAUGCAGAUGAAAGCCCCAAAGAUGAUGUCCACUCUGCAGAUGUUUUAGAGACUAGCGCUCAAAAAGGGAUAGAGGAUGGACCAAGUGAAAGCAUCUUGGGGAAUGCAGGCACCAUGGAAACAGAUGAAAUUAUUCCAAUUUUAGAAAAGCUUGCCCCAGCAGAUGAAAUAAACAAUUUUUCCAAGUCCAUCUUGCUUCCAGGGGAAAAUCCAGAUAUAGAUAUAGAAGAUAAAGCAGAACACUCAAUAAAUUCUCCAUCCAAACAUGAAAGCAGUGAAAAUUUGCCUAGAGAAGCUUUCUUGGUGCUUUCUGAUGAAGAAGAGAUCUGUUGUGAGAAAGAAGCUGAUGCAGUAAUGCCAAACGAAUCAAAUCUUUCUGAAGGUAAAGAGGAGGAAAAAGAAAAAGGUGUGGACAAAUUGGAAGAAAGUGAAAAUAAUGAAGAAGAAAAACGUCCAGAAAAAAGUGAGGUAUCAAGAAGAAAGCGUUCCAAGUCAGAGGAUAUGGACAAUGUUCAUUCUAAACGACGGCGAUAUAUGGCAGAAGAAUAUGAAACAGAAUUUGAAGUAAAAAUUACAGCUAGAGGAGAUGUUCACCAGAAGCUAGAAAAGGUCAUACAUCGGUUUCUCGAAGAGAAGUUUAGUGCCUUGCAAUGUGCGGUGUUUGAUAAGACUCUAGCAGAUCUCAAAACCAGAGUAGAGAAGAUUGAAUGUAGCAAGAGACAUAAAACUGUUCUUACUGAAUUACAGGCUAAAAUUGCAAGAUUGACAAAACGUUUUGGAGCUGCCAGAGAAGAUUCCAAGAAGAAAAUAGAAAAUCUACAAAGCACACCCCAUUCUCCAGGAAAAGCAGUGAGUGACACAGGUGGUAUCAACAAUGUGGCAUAUCGAAAUGCUGGCACAGUGAGGCAGAUGUUGGAGUCCAAGAGAAAUGUAGGAGACAGCACAUCAGCUACUUUUCAGUCCCCUGUGAAUACAGUAUCUGCUACUGUUACUACUACUCAGACACCAAACAGUGGACAUUCCAAACCACAGACACCAGUCACCUCUGCACCAUUGACUUCUGCAUCCUUGACAACAUCCGUUAUUCCUGCAGCUAACACCGCGACCGUUGUUGGCCCUGGCCAAGUGCCUGGUGGCAACACACAGCCAAUGUCUGUUUCACUGCAGUCUUUGCCAGUAAUAUUGCACGUACCUGUUGCAAUGUCCUCCCAGCCUCAGCUCCUGCAAGGCCAUACUGGUACCUUAGUUACUAACCAGCAAUCUGGCAGUGUUGAAUUUAUUCCUGUACAAAGCCAAUCUAGUGUUGGUAACCUGACCAAAACCCCACUGGCUCUGUCACCAGCUAAUUCAGCAAAACCAAACAAUAAUACUUCUCUACCUAGUUCUAGCAUUCAAAGGAACUCUCCAGCCAGUGUUGGCUGCUCAAUAGGGACAACUCUAGCAGUGCAGGCUGUUUCAACAGCACACCCUGUUGCACAAGCUGCAAGGACUACUUUAGCUACUGUGACUACUUCAGGAGUAUAUACUCCUCCCACCAAUAGGAGCGCCAUACAGAUGAAGAUCCCUUUGUCCUCCUUCAGCAGUCCAGCUCCUUCUGAAACAAGCAUUGUAGCAACACCUAGAGUUGAGAAUCAGAUGUCCAGGUUGCUACCAACUCCAACAACAACAGAUAAUCCAGCAAACAAGAAAACAUCAGAGGUUGCUUCACAGAAUGGCAAAGCCACAGCUAGUGCUGGAGCAGGAGUAAUAGAUCUCACGCUAGAUGAUGAAGAGGAUGGCGCUUCUCAAGAUAGCAAGAAGCAGAGCCAGUCUAGUGUAUCUGGUGUGGGCCAGUCAACCCAACCUGCAGCUCGUCCCCUGCAGCCAGUACAGACAGCCCCUCUUCAACAAGCAGGUGCAUCAUCAAGUGGCCUGUCUCAGACCACUAUACAUGUUCUACCAACAGCCCAGACAACUGUGAAUGUAUCCCAUCGCCCAGUGGCUCAAGCGACUGCCAGGCUUCCAGUACCAAGAGCCCCGGGUAACCACCAGGUGGUAUAUACUACUCUUCCUGCACCAUCAGGACAGAAUCCGGUGCGGACCACUGUCAUGCAGAGCCCUAGCUUAAGGCAGGUCAACCCCCAGGGUGCAGGUGUGACAGUGCGGGUGCCUCAAACAACUGCAUAUGUUGUUAACAAUGGUUUAACUUUGGGAACGGGAGGACCUCAGCUCACAGUUCAUCAUCGACCACCUCAAGUGCAUUCAGAGCCGCAGCGGCCUGUGCAUCCAGCCCCACUACCAGAGGCCGCACAGCCAUCACGCUUGCCUCCUGAAGCUGCCAAUACCUCUCUGCCUCAGAAGCCACACCUGAAGUUGGCUCGUGUACAAAGUCAGAAUGGCAUUGUGCUCUCCUGGAGUGUUUUGGAAGUGGACCGGAGCUGUGCCAGUGUGGAUAGUUAUCAUCUGUAUGCAUACCAUGAGGACCCCAGUGCCACUGUGCCCUCUCAGUGGAAAAAGAUAGGGGAAGUAAAGGCCCUCCCCCUACCAAUGGCCUGCACACUUACACAGUUUGUGUCUGGCAGCAAAUACUAUUUUGCAGUUCGCGCUAAAGACAUCUUUGGACGCUUUGGACCCUUCUGUGAUCCCCAGUCAACAGAUGUCAUUGCUUCCCAGAGCAGUUAAAUUUUAGACUUCAAACGCUUCCAUUCUCGUCCUAUAGUGGUGGAUUAUUCUGAUUUUGGGUUUAUUCUCAUGCAUGAAAUCCACUGUAAAAUCCCCUCUUCAGGAUUAUUUUGGACAGUUAUGUCAUACACUACAGAAUUUACAGCCCAAAACAAAAUAAAUUCUUAACCUGCAGUAAGAGAGCCUGCAUUUCUUAUGAAGUAUUGGGAGUACGAAGUGCUCUCCUCCUUCCCUCACAAUCACUUCCCUCUACCUGUUAAGUAGUGAUACACCAAGUCGGGAAUUUGGCUUCAUAGUGAUAUAUUUCAAAGGUCAAGAAUAUGAAAUGAUGGCUCAAGAGCAGGAUGAAGAAUUCAGUAAUCAGGUUAGAAGGAAGCCAGGAUUCAGGAUCUUGCUUUCUUUCAUUUUGUAAUGGUGACCAGUUUUAUCUUAAAGAAUGUCAUCUACUUAACAUGUGGCCAGUUCUUGAGGAAAGUGUGUGGGUCUGCUCAUUCAAGUGGGAAUCAGGGCGAGGAGAUAGCAGUGGUCAGGCUAGCUUAUAAAGUGCUCAUCCUCCAGGACCAGGGAACAUUUUGAAGCUGGACUGAAAAUAAGAUUGUUUAAAACUUCAUCUCCAUUUCCAGUAGCUUCCUAAUCCUCCUUUUAUGGUGUCCCCCCCCCUUUUUAAAGAAAGUUUACUUUGUGCCUUAAACAAUAAUUUCAAAAAUAAAUGCAGUUCUUUCUUCUUUUGCCCUUCAUCAUUUUUCAGUUCUUCUUGCUAGGUCCCAGAAUAUCAUAGCCUCUCCAAUAAGUAUAUUACUCAGUGCUUCUGAGUUAAUUACCAAAUCAUUCCAGUAGAUAUUUCAAUUUCUUAUUCUGAAUAAUCUGUGAUGAUGGGUUAAUAUUUACAUUAUUCGGCUUCACCACAUUCUUCUGGAGGAUUUAGUUGAUAUGUACUAGAAACUUGUCACAAAAGACAUGUGUGGUGUAAGAGGCCUUAUUCUCACAUAGACACAAAUACUUGGGGUACUGUGUAAGGCCAAUCUGAUAAAGCCUCCUGAUGAAAGCAAUCAAAUAUACUUUUUCAUAUGAUCUUUCAUCCUUUCAGUGGCUGAGUGAAGCCAAAAGUAUAGUGCCUCCACCUCCUUCCUCCACCAACAGCUAGUACCCACAACAGACAUCUAAGCCACAUCUGACAUGGACAUUGAAGAAAGCUGCACCAUGCCGUCUUCCAGAGGAAAGCACCACACAUCUGUUGUCUUCCUGGUUUAUCAGCUCCAGUUGUGGAGUGGGUAGCAGGUCUUCUCACUUAAUUGCCUGGCCAAGAUGCCAGCACCUUCUAUAACUUCUUUUUUUGAAGCCAGUAACGUUGAAAGUGAAAUGUAAGAUUAAAAAGUGGAAAAAACCUGAAGCUUGUUGAUGUUGUGUAUUUUGGGAAGACAGGGUCUUAAACUGUUCUUGUGGGAACAUAAGUAGAGUAAAAUUUCUUGCUGUUCUACAUAGGGUACAUCUUGUGUCCUUGUCUACCUUGUGUUCCUUUUGAGUGACAUAGAACAUUCCUCCAUAUAUUUUGGCUUCUCUCCCUAAUGGCUCUAGUUAAGAAUUGUUUUUGAGUUGUAUAGAUUUUACUCCUGUUGUAGAGGAAUUCCUGUGUUUCAAGCAUCAGACAUGGUACAGCAGUGGUGAUGCCAUUUUCAAAAACAGGAAUGCUUUGUCUGCCCAUUUGCUUGCAACUCACUAUUUGAAUCAAUCAUCAGUUUUCUAGGGUGCCCACUAUUGUGAUCUUUGUCUCAGUUUGUGGAGCAUGUAUUUAUUUAUAUCACCUUUAAUUUUAAUAAUUGUUGAUACUAAGAAAUAGGCUGCCGUUAGAAGAGUGCCCAAAAACUGUGGAAGGAGUACUUCAUUUAAAAGAUGCAUUUAAGUUAAGGGUAAGAAUGAAAACCUAAGGGCCCACCAGUCUGCUGUUAGUCCCAGUGAUCCCAUUUGUAUGUAGCCAAAGAUGUAGUUUAUUAUCUGCAUUCGGUCUUGCUGGGGAAAGUGGUCCUUCCUCUUGUAUUUUAUUGAACUUGGGCAAUAAAGGCAAGCCUGAGUGCAGGUGGAAGGGAAGUGCAUUUUAGGUAUAUAGCACACCUUUUUGGAUGGGGUACCUGGGACAUAAAUUUUAAACAAAGACAGAACAUUCAGGAACUUGUCAUGAAACAAAAACAGAUGCACACUGCCUCCAUAUAUUCAGAGGGAUCCUGUGUUGGGAAAAUUAUACCUUCAUUCUCUGUUCCUCUUACCCGUUAUCAGAAAGAUAGAGCAGAUAACAGCAAGAAGGAUUAUGCUUUUGCUUAGUGUUCUCUUUUCUAUCAAAAAGGAAUUCUAUGAAACAAGUGACAGGUGCACUUUUUUAAGUCCAAUGAGGAUUCUUCAAGUGAUAGUGUCUUCUGAUUUGUAAAGUCAAAUGGGGCCAUUUCCCUUUCAGACACAGCUGGAUGUGCCUGGCAAAUUAUGUACAGUAGUGCAACACAGAGUAAGGCAGAACAGAGACCUUCAACUGUGAUGUCAGAAAUUGCUCUCAGUUGGGAGCAUUAUCACAGUUCAUUUGGUGCUGUAUUUCUGAGUUUUUGCCCCAAAGAAGAGGUAAUAGGUUAUAGGUCUGAGAAUCUGGUUGCAACAGAUACUUUAAAAUAAUAUUUUCUUUCUGUCAGAGUAAUAUAAGGUAAACUAGAUUGCACAACACAAACCGGAGAGUUGUUAGACUUUUCAUCUGUGAUAAUUGUGCAGCUCACUUGGCACUUUGAAUACAUUAGUGGCUGGGCAAAGGAAAUGUUUUCUGAGGAUCUUACAAAAGAGAGAGCAAGGAAAAUGUAAGUGUCCAUAUUGUGCUGUGUCAGUAUUUUUUUUUCCAAUCCAGACUGUAAUGUAUGGCUGGGCCAUGCUUGAAAAAUCUGUUCUCUACUUUAUUAGAAAUGAAAUUGCAGUAUGUUUUAUCAUCUAUAUUUCAGCAAUGUUCUGUUCUCUGUCUUUAAUAAUUUGAUAAUCCAUCUUUUAGUUGGUUGAAAACUCAAUUUCAGAAAAAAGAACAGAAAAUUUGAUUGAUGUUCAAAAAUGAGAAAAUAGCGGGAUAAUUGCUGUUGCUACUAAAUUCCUAUUGAGGCUCUUAGUUAAUCUGCUUGUAUCUUCCAUUCUUUUUCUAAUAUUAGGUAGCCUUCUCAAGUAGAACCUCAAUAGAAGGUAUAAUUUGUGAGGGGCAUAUCACAUCAUACUUUCUAUGUUGACAACCUAAUAGAAGAUUGGACAUUGCGAAUCAUUGGUAAAUGUUGUAAGAACUUUGCACAUAGAAAGAUGUAAACUAUGUGACUCAAGGGUUAUUAAAGCAUCAAGAGUAGCUGUAGGCUGAAUUUUCAGUAUCUUUGGAACAAGGCUGUUUCUCUUGCAGGUUUAUCUUAUAUGCAAAAGACUCGGCGGGGGGAAACAGGACAAGGUUAUCAUCUGUGGGAGCAAGAAGAAGGCUGCUGCAACUAGAACAUGCAUUGUAUAUAAAUCACAUAGGCUUACCUUUUCAAUUGUUUCUUUGUCUAAAGAUUUGUGAUCCUUGAAAUCCACAUUACAUACAGAACCAGUGUGUCAGUAACUUUAAAGCUGGUUUCCUGAACAGCCAGUUACAGUAUUAGCUAGAACUGUAAUCACAAAACAGAACCAGGUUAGGGUGAUGCCACUUUAGAAUCCUUUAAUGUAUUGCCAUUCAAUCAAAGGCAAAGAUGUUCAGAUAUUGAGAAUAUUUUUUUGUGUUUGGAAACUGGGUGCCAGUGUUUUUGCAACACAGAGGAGGGCCUUCUAGUAUUGCCAAAGGCAACUUAUCCCAUCAUUCCUGUAACCAGUUUUAUGUUGCAAAUAAAAUGUACAAGUGAAUACGAAUACACAUUAAAAUGUGUUAUUUCAUCAUUGGGUUUAAAUAAUAUUUUAAAGCACAUGGAUAGAUUUCUUACCUUAUUGUUCUGGCUUUACCUGUCUGAAACAUAGUUUAAAUGCUGUCUUACACAGACAUUUUAUUUGUAAAUAGUAACCAGACAGCUAAAACUUGGAGUAUUUGUUCAGCAGUUUAUCAGGCACUGACAAAACUCCUACAAAAAGAGUUACAUAAACUUGCACUCUGAUUUCAUUUUAAUUCUGCAGAUAAAUGUGUAAAUAACGAUAAUGUGGGACAUACCAAAAAGUCCAGAAUUAAGCAGGGCAAUGGCAAGUUCUCCCUAACUUUUGUAUGCAUUGUAGAUUAGUGUCUGUAUACGUGUUAAUUGUAGUGGGGUUUUGUCUUGACAAGCCUGAGAUUUAUACUUUGAAAUAAACUACUGGGUUUUUAA